UUGUCUAAGUAUGCCAUAUUCAACUUUAAAAGUGUUCUGCCAAUAGCAACAAUGAGGGUGGGACUAGUAUAUCGUCUUCACCUCAGAUGCUGUCAUUCCCAGACGGAUUGUUUGUUGUCAAGAUGGACUUUUUACUGGGCAAUCCGUACAGCACUCCUGUGGGCCAAUGUAUAGAGCGGGCAACGGACGGAGGGCUGCAAAACGAGGACUGGACCCUCAAUAUGGAGAUCUGUGACAUCAUUAAUGAGACAGAGGAGGGGCCUAAAGAUGCCAUGCGGGCCCUGAAGAAGAGGCUGAGUGGGAACAGGAACUUCCGAGAGGUGAUGUUCGCACUCACGGUGCUAGAGACGUGCGUGAAGAACUGCGGCCACAGGUUCCACGUGCACGUGGCCACCAGGGACUUCAUCGACGGCGUGCUGGUCAAGAUCAUCUCCCCUAAGACCAAUCCCCCAACCAUCGUUCAAGAAAAAGUACUUGCUCUCAUCCAGGCGUGGGCAGACGCCUUCAGAAGCAGCCCCGACCUGACGGGUGUAGUCCACAUCUACGAGGAGCUGAAGAGGAAAGGGGUUGAGUUCCCCAUGGCCGACCUGGACGCCCUGUCCCCCAUACACACGCCACAGAGGGGCAUCCCUGAGGUGGACCCGGCGGUGCUGAAGUACAGAGCCCCCACCGUGACCCCCAUCGCCCUCGCAAUCCCCGCCACCGCCGCCCUUCCGAGACCCGUCCCUGUCCCCCCCACGGCCGACACCUCUCCGUCGCAGAUCCCCCACGUCCCCGACGUCUCGGGCCCCAUCACCGCCAACCCUGAGCAGAUCGCCCGGCUGCGCAGUGAGCUUGACGUUGUGAGAGGAAACACCAAAGUCAUGUCUGAGAUGUUGACGGAGAUGGUUCCUGGGCAGGAAGACUCCUCCGAUCUGGAGCUGCUGCAGGAGCUGAACAGGACAUGCAGGGCGAUGCAGCAGCGGGUAGUGGAGCUGAUCUCCAGGGUCUCCAACGAGGAGAUGACCGAGGAACUGCUGCAUGUCAACGAUGACCUCAACAACAUCUUCCUACGCUACGAGAGAUAUGAAAGGUACCGGUUGGGUAGAACUGGACAGAACAAUGGAAUGUUGGGUGAGGCCCCAGAGGACAACCUGAUAGACCUGGGCCCCGGCUCCCCCGCAGUGGUCACCCCUAGGGCCACUGCCGGCCCCUCUCCCGCCUCCACCCUCAUGGGGGCUGCCGCCUCCCCUCCCCACCACCCCCCCACCACCUCCACCACCUCCACCCUAUCUUCAGCCCAGGGCGGACUCGAUGUUGGUACGGACAGCGUUGGCAGCGCCCUGUCCGCCAUCUCCUGCCGGAACCCCGAUGACUUCGACAUGUUCGCCCAGACCCGAGGUAGCUCGCUGGCCGACCAGCGCAAGAAUGUAAAGUACGAAGACCCUCAAGCCCUGGGGGGCCUGGCCUUGGCUCUGGACGUCAGACAGCAGAACACCGGAGGAGCGCUGAGGUUAAAAGGGGAUGAAAAUCCAGCAGAGCAGGAGCUGCCCAUAGACAGCUGGCUUAUUACCCAAGGAAUGAUCCCUGUAUCGCAGUCCUCUGUCAUGGAUGACAUAGAGGAAUGGCUCUGUGCGGAUGUGAAAGGAGAUGGCGCAGAGGAAGGAGUCACCAGUGAAGAGUUUGAUAAGUUCCUAGAGGAUCGAGCCAAGGUGGGAGAUUCUGGACCCUCUCCCCCACUAAGAGGCAGACCAGGCCCCCCCGUCGGGGCUACUAGCGGCUCCCACAAGAAGGCAGAGCGGACGGAGGACGCCCUCUUUGCCCUGUAGACUCUCACCUGCCCGUUUUUCUCCUCCUAGUCUGGAAGCACCGCAAGCAAUGUCCUUUCCAAGAACCCCAACGUCCAUUUAAUUUGCUGCCCCUGGGUGACGUUGCAACAGAUGUAUUGUCUGUAGCCUUGUCAUCUGAUUACCAGUGUUGUAAUUCAGAGACAAACAUGCUUGCCAUGUCUUGUAUUACUGUAUUUUUUUGUUUGAUGUGUUUGUGUGUCUGUGUGGCUUCUCUUAGUAGCCCUUCUUAGUCCUCUGUAAUGUACCACCAAAGACGAGUAUUCUAGCUAGCCUGUUAGCUUUGUUUCAGAAGAACACAUGCUAUGGCACUGUCUCUUUUAUAUUGAUAGCCUAGUAGCAAGGAUAAAUGAGAACUCUUUCUGCAUGGCCGGCUUUCAAGCCAAAUGAUUUGAUCCAGAAAGCUAGAAUGAUGGCCUAUGGUUUCUAAGAAUUUAAAUAAUUGAAUAAUACAUUUUUCUUUCGUUUUUUGCUGUGUAGAACAAUAUAAUAACACUGAGUGGUUGUUCAUCAUUGAAAAUUAUUUGUUUCCAUGGUCAGUUCCUGUUGUGCUGAGAAAAGCUAAUUUUUCUGCCUAGGCUAAUAUCGCUUACAUGAAAAAAAAACGCUAGCUAAAUCAAAGAUAAUAUCGAAAGCAUUUGUGUGCGUGAGAACGUCGGUUGCCUUUCCUUUGAGUCCAAGAGACAACAAAACUAAAUGGCCACAAGGCACCUGUUCAUCUUAUGUUGUUAAUUGUUGCUUAUGGGAAGGAAAGGGACAAGUUUAGUUAAGAUUCCUUGUAAGGGUUAUUACAAUGACUAAAAAAGAACAUCACCAUCAAGCUGGUGUGAAAAAGCCAUUCCGACAAACAUUGUUGCUUAAUGGACAAAUAAUAUAAUUUAGCACUUAUAAUUUUGACACUAGCGCAACCACUUUCCUUCCUAAUACACUAUUUUGUGCACUUUACAGCUAUUUGUGUUUACAAGAUGGUUACUAUUUUUCUAGUGGGUGGUAAAUAGUCCUAAUUUACAUAAAUUUGCACAUUUUUGUUUGACUGCAUUCAUGUUAAACUAUACCAAACGCAGGUGUAUAGCUAGAUGGAAACAACUUUUACAAAUUUACCAUAACACCUUUUUAGCAAUUCAUUAAAAUCCAAAAAAAAAAAAUAGUGGCGAAGAUAUUGAGUUCGAAAGGGGGUUUAGAUUGUAGGAUUGGUUUCUGUAUAUAUAUAUAUAUAUUGCCAGAGUGAUAUUUUAUGCAUUUACCUCAUUGACUUCUUUAACUGGUUAUAUAAGGAAAGUAAUAUUUAUGCUAUUUCAUCCAUUUGAUUUUUGAUUUUACAUUAUUUUCAUAAUGUAUGUGAAAAUAACCUCUUCAUUUUAUCUCAACUAAUUAUUUAGGUCGUUAAGACUGCAUCCACUGUAAGUGAGGCUCCUUGAAAGUCUAUACGCGACCAAACCAACAUUUGUAUUUCCUGUAGCAUUCAGACUGAACGGCUGGCUUGUUCAAUCCAUUAUGAAUCUGCAUUAACUCGCCGCAUUAUUUUUCUAUUGAUUCAUGAGUCACAUGUUGUAACAGAUUGUAGAAAUGUUGGCUUUCAAUCAAGUUUUGUAUGCAAAUUAGACCUUUGGUAAUUAUUGUUUUAUUCCAUCACUGAUUCAACUAUUUUGUCUCACAUUAAUAAUAUUGUAUUAAAAAGUGUCAGACUAUAUUUUACAGCCUUAAGCAUUAUAGUUAUUAUGAUUGAAUCAUGACAUUAAAAAUUGUUUUGUUUGUUUUGCAUUAAUAUAAUAGAGCUUGAGUCAAAAUGUCAACACAUUUUGCAAAAACGUUCUCUCCUCUUCAUGACACUAUGACACUAUCUUCAAGGAUAUUAUUUUAAAUCCAUGUCUGAUAAGAUUAAACGUGUACCUUUGUUCUGACAACUUUCAUAUUCAUAUUUCCCUUUUAAUGGUUUAAGUUGUAAUAUGUUUUUCAAAAUUGGAUUGGAAAUUGGCGAAAAAUGUCAAAUUCAAACUCAAUUGUGACAAGUUUUCUGGUGUACUCUGUCUUUGGAGUGUUCCAAUGACUGUUGAGCUUUGCUGUCUGCUGCCAUCAUAUAUGGUUCAGAUUUUAAUUUUUUUUUUACCCAAUGCACGCGCUCGUAUGUUACCUGCCCAAUAAAAACACUAGCAACAUGUGACCUCAAACUU